UAUUUAGACGUUGUUAACCAGCAUAUGUCACUGACUCCUGUGGAUGAAAACUUACGCGCUCCUCUGGUAUCCAAAGGUUUGGUUCCAAAUGUUCUCGACCAGAAAUCAUUUACUUUCCCUCUGGAAUCUGGGAGUAAACUUUGGCGACCCCAUGCCUGGCACACUAACAGGCUAUUGCCACAUAUCCCUCCAAAAUCAAAGAGAAAGCUAGGCUUGAAUGUGAAAAUCAUGCAGAAUCCUGAAAACAUCCACCACAGAGCUGCUGUGAAUGCAUACUAUGGAAUCAGUUUGCCACGUAUUAACAAGAGAAAAGCAUAUGUGAAUAUUCAGAAAUUAGUCAAAGGGUCCACCAUCCCCAGCCUCACAGUUCUGCCAUCUGCUCAUCGCAAUGAUCCCCAUUUUAUCCCCGUACCGGUGUUACAGAGGGAUGCCAAUAAAGGAAUCUUAAGUUUGUUACAACGGGGACUGAUUCCUCCAACAGCCAGGAUCACCUGGCAAAAUCCACCGAUCAAACACAAAGCAAUUUCUCUGCAUAGUUUUAAGGAAGCACACAAGGUCACACCUACAGCCCCCUUCAAGACAGUCCAGAAACCACCCCUGACUGUACCAGAAGAUGCUUCCAAGAAGAAACCACAGCUAAAGGGGAGAGGCAGAAGCAUAACAGAAUAUCCUGAACAGGACACGAAAAUUACAUCUUCUAGAAUUGUGAAACCAGCAUGGGAGUAUGACUUUUAUAUUUAUGAUGGCAACAUAACCCAGACAGCCCCUGAUUUCCAAGCAUUCAAGGAGCAUUUCCGCCUCGCUUGGGGGAGUAUAUUUUCUGUCUUGGAACAAGUUGUGAAGUUUCUUCGGGACUAUGCAAUACCAGCGGUCAAAGUGAAAGGGAGGAAUUUGAUAUGCCUCCUUCCAGAGUUUGAGCUGAAGAGUCAACUUAACAGAUAUGACAUUCUGUCAAUUUUCGAGGACCCACUCCACGUCCAAACGCUGGUAAACCUCCCAGGACAGAGGUUCAAGGGUCAGAAUGGAAAGUUGGAGGCUGUCAAGAAGAUCCAAGCCACGUGGAGAUGCUACAAAGCCAGAAAGUUUUUUCUGCUCUUCCGCCGGCAGAAGUGGGCUUCGGGGGUGAUCGCCAUCGCAUGGCUUUUACACUGCCAUAAGACGAGGCUCAAGAAGAUCCUGAAGGAAUCGCGUCAGAGACACCUGGAGAAUUUCCGCAUUCGCGCCAAGCAUCUGGAAGCCAACUGGAAUCGCAUCAGGACUUCCAGGCGGACUAUUAUCCAUAUCCCGUCAUUAGGAUACCACAAGACUGUUCGAGAACACAUUGCUGAUUUGGACACACUUCAGAAUAUGCAGCUGGGGAGGUUAUGUGACAUCAAAGAUAUCAAUGUGAAUGUCAUCUACAUCUCCUCCCACCAUAUGAAUGAUGAGUUAAAGCUAUAUUACCAAAAAAUCCUGAGUCUACAUGCAGCUGUCAAAUCGGGGAAUGUGAAUGACAGAAGUGACCUGAAGAACAGGCUGAAAAUUAUCACCCCCGAAGCUGUAGACUUCUUCACAAAUCAUCACAUGUGCCUGGCCACUCACCUGAAGUACAGUCCCAAGGCAAUCAAAAGAAUAAAAAAUCUCAUCCAAGGAAAAGAGGCCUACAUUGUGGGUGGUUUUCUCCACAGAGAUGAUUUAGCUGUGGCUGAUAUGUUAAAUGUACCCAUCCUGGGCUCAGAGCCUGAGCUGGUGCAACUUUAUAGUUCCAAGUCUGGCAGUAAACGGAUCUUUGACAAGAUCAAUGUACCAAUCCCUCCUGGAGCAUACGACAUUUAUUCAAAUGAUCAGAUGAUAGAACAGUUGACCCAGCUGGUGACUGAUCACCUGCAAAUCCAACGCUGGCUCUUUAAAAUGGACCUGGAAUUUGGAGGGAAUGGGACUGCCUUUUGUGACAUUUCUUCCCAUCUACCAUGCUACAAGUGGGUAGUAAAGGAGAGCAACAGAUACGGGUGUGAAGGCUGGAGUAAGAAGUGGGCUCAUGAGCCAGCUUUGCUGAAGAUCUCCGAGGAGCUAGCGGGCGUUUUAGCACAGCACGCACAGCCAGUCAAUGGGAAACGGUUCCCGACAUGGAGGAAAUUCCUCCACGCAUUUCUCAGUCAAGGAGGCAUGAUUGAAGCAUUCCCACCUGCAGACAGCAUCACCAACCUUACUGUGGACAUGCUGAUAGAGCCCAGUGGAGAAAUCACAAUGCUGUCAACGGGGGACCAGUUUCAUGCCGAAGGCCCCUUUAUUUCCUCUGGUACCACCAUACCUCAGACCUCUGUGGAUCCCAAAGUUCUCAAGUCUUUGUGCCUCCAAAUUGGACAGGCCUGCAGAAAGAGAAAAGUGACUGGGUACUUUUCCAUCGACCUGGUGACUUUUAUUGAUCCAAGCACCUUGGAACAGCGGUUAUGGGCAACAGACCUCAGCCUCACUUACAGUGACCAGUUGGCUCUGACACAGCUCACUCUGUACCUGACAAAUGGCAACCUGGAUUGCAAUUUGGGCACCUUCGAAGUGCCCUGCUCAAUCCCGAAAGACAAGGGAAAACUGGAGUCCAAUCCCCUUCUGUCAACACUGGACAAAAAAGGAACUGUGUUUGUCCUAUAUGAACACCUGAAGAGAAACCAGAUGGGCAUGUUAACAAUCGGUGUGGAUCUCCAGGGGGUCCUCAUGACCUUUGCCCGCAAUCUCUUCAUCAUCCAUCAAGAGAUAUCAGCACCUAAUAUGCAAGGCGAGACCAAUUUUAAGACCACCAUUCAUGAUGUUGAAACCAUCCUAGGAGUAACAGAAGAAAACAAAAUAAGAUUUGAAGAGCUACAGUCCAAAGAUGAUAAAAAAGCAAUCCAUGCUUGAUAAGUAAUCCUGAAAUAGCUUACAAUUUUAGAUCCCUGUCUAGAGCAAGAAAGAGCAAGAUUUCUUUUGCUUUUAGGAAUAAAAGUAGGAGAAAUUAAUUUGCCUUGUUUGUUAAGAGGUGAAUCCAGAUGAAUUAUAUUACACUGUAAUUUUCUUUUUACAAUUGAUUAAGAGAUCUUAUGU